AGGACUGUCACAAGAAAUUAAUUGCUAAUGCUGUGCCAGAGUAAAUGCAAUUAACAUUACAUGGAUGGCAUCAAGCACUGGCCCUUGGGAUGAAACUGAUGACAGUGCGAGCUAUGAUGCCCCUGCCGCAACAACCCGUCCUCCGAGGAGAAGCACACUCAGAGUGAGUCAUCUGCAUCAGCCUUACCCUCGGCCCCCCUCGCCCUCUCGGCAUGCCAGCCGUACAGUGGCUUCAAGGCCAAGGACAGGUGGCAUGGUGGUUGACAAAGUGGAGGACCUUGCUGCAUCUUUGCAGGCUACAACAGAAGUGUUAUCCACGGCAGAUCGCAUGCUAGAGCACUACAGAGACAUAAAUGUAGAGCAGGAUGAGGAAAUUGCAAAGGUGUGUCUGAUGAAAUAAACAGAGAUUUUAAUCUUAAAAAAUUGCUGUCACAGAAACCUGCAAAAAGUUUGUUAAAAGUUUUGUUUUGUUCUGGAAUUGCAUAGUGUUUAGCAAUUUGACUUAACAACAAGUAAUGUGAAAAAUAUUCACAAUCUUAAGUUGGUACAACAGUUAUUUGACAGGCAGGUGACAGGCAAAUUUGAGAAUAAGAAAGUACCCAGUAAUGAGUAUAUACAGUGUAAAAAUGCAAGCUUGCAAUCUGUAAGAAGAAAGACUAAAAAAUUUUUCUUAGCUGAAAUUGUGAUGUUUUCUUUUAUCCUAAGCUGCGUGCUGAACUUGAAAAAUCUGCCAACAUUCUGAGAAGAGAAAGGAUUUCACGAAGAAGGCGUCUUCCUACCACUCCUCCGUCAUCCCAGGUGAGAACAACUCAUUUCUGUUUUUGAUAAAAUAAAUGUUUCCGGUCAUGUUUGGAACAAUGAGUUGCCAUCAGAUGUUUAAAACAGAUGUUUGAAACUGUUUUAAAAGAGUUUCACAGUGAGACAGAAACAGUUAGCACCUUGUCCUUUCUACAUAAAAGAAAAGGUGUUAGCUGAGGGAUUUUUUCACACUCAUCAAAUGAAUCAAGAGCUAUUUACAGGGCUCAAAAAAAAGUCCUAUCCGGUAGUCCAGUCCAAGUCAUUCUUCAACAAAAUUCAUUACUAAGACAAGUAAGAAGUGGCCCUGGGUUAGAAAAAUGUGAGAGUUGGGAAUUCCCAUUUUUUAGCCCUGGAAUAGAGGUCUAUAGGAAGAGAGACUAGACCAUGGAAAUGAUGGCACAAUUUGCUUGUUUCCUUGUGUUUUACACACAAGAACACAUUUAUCAAAAUCAACAGGCAGACAUAAAUCUACAGUGUAGUUUCUGAAACACCAAGGGAAAAAUUACAUGUAACCAGAUCUGAAAUCAUCCAUAGGCAAUGAAAUAUCUUUUUACGACUAAAGGACUGGUGUAAUUUGCAUGACAAAUAUAGGGCGUUGUUUCUAACUCUAGUAAAGGAAUUGCAUGAAACAAAAUUUGUUAACUGAAAUGUUCAUGUUGCUCUAAUUGUCGCAAACUGUUGUAGUCUGUGUCUGAAGAUGAGCAUGCAAGACCUGUGCGAAAAAGUCAAAGGGGAUCUGCUGUUCGGUUUGAUGAUGAUGUUCGAUCUGAUGUAAGUUUGAUCAGUAUGUGACUUAAAUAUUUUGUUUUAAAUUUGUUUAAUGAGUUACAAGCAAUGUACAUUGCAAAAAUCUGUUGACUACGGAGAGUCUAUGAUAUUAGUUAAAAAUCUAUAACAACCCUACAGAGUAGUUUUCAAAGAGGAUAUUUCCAAUAAUUGGUUUUUCUAUUUGAAAGUAAUAUUAAAAAUCUUUUUAUUGUGUUUUGAGAUAAACAGUAUUCAACUUUGGUAACUAUGGAUGAACGAUUCAAAGAUGUACUCUUGUUGUGACAUCAUGUUCAUUGUUGAGACUUGAUUUUUAGUGUUGAUGGCAUAAUUUGUUUGGCAGUUUAAUAAUGGGUCUUAAUUUGACACAAGAUGAAAAUACAUAAUUAUCCUAUGUUACAACUGUUUAUGAAUACCAUCAAACAUAAUAAAAUGAAUAAACUAAUCAUAUAAUCCUAACUAUCCUGUACUAUUAAAGGUUUUGUUUAAAUAUUAGUCUAUUUAUAAAGGCAGACAUGAAAUGCUCAGUAUUAAUUUUAGGAGGGGCACAUUGUUUUUUACAGAGAUAAUAAGAACAGACUUUCCUUGAAGGAAUAUAUGGAGCUAGCGGGUGAUUAUUUAUAGAAGUUACUUUCUUAAAAAUUUUAUAGUCUUGCUUCUUUAAUAGAUCCUUAAUUGAAACGGGCAGUUUGACCUGUCUCUACAAAAAAGAUAAAAUUAAUGCAUAAAAUAGCACUAGGACAAGGGUUGUUCUCAGGAAUUUUCAAGGUUUGAAUUUUGUCAUGAUCCAUUUUUUAAGGUUGAGCAUCUUAGGCAAGCUGUGAGAAACCUAAAAAGUGAACAGAAUCGCUUGACAGGAGAGCUCGAAAGAGAAAGAGAAGAACGUACAAGGUAAGAUUUCUUGUUUAAGCAGAAGGAUUAUUUUCAAGAAAGAUUAUGGUUAGGUGGCAAAGUCUGACUGUUUGGACUAAGUGACUGCAUUAAACGAUAUUUAGAAAUGAUGAAAAGGCAUAAAACAUUAAAACUAUUAUUUAAAUAAAAGUUUGGAAAAGUAUAUAGAGUUGUGUUGAAAUUGUUCAGAAAGUUUUGCUUAAAAAACGUUUUGGUAUUGUUCUAGUAAUUAGACCAAUAAUAAAUUCUUGUUUUCAAACUGGAGGAGGGGUUGGGGGGAUGGCUAGGACCUAGCAUUGAACAACUAGAUAAAAUUAACUUGUUUUUUUUAGAUGAUUUUCCUUUUCUGUAGCAUAUUUUAAUCUUGAACUUCUUUUGCUGAACAGACUUGAUGGUGAUACUUGGGGUGUACCCAGACAUGACCAGGGAGCUCCAAUUGGACUCCCAGGUGCGUAGAAUGUAAACGUUCACUUCUUUUUUAGUCAUAAACUACAAACUGAAAGCUAUACUUGUCUCAUAGUUAACUCCUGCACAGUUUUUCAAAUUGAAACACCUACCAAGAUAGAUUGCCAUCUAUUUGGAAGGUGCUUUAUAAUAAAAAAAUUGUCUUUCUGAUUAAGGUCACCUUUUGUUCUGAAGUCUCUUCGACAGAUUACUGAUAAAACAUGUUGCUUAGCUUACAAAAAGGGCACUGAGAACUCUCUUAUUCUCACUUUGGUUCCAGUAUUGUUUAAAUACCUACACUUAUAGUCAGACAUUUGUAUGUUUGUUUAGCUAUAAAACAGAGGCAGUCAAGUAAAGAAAUGAUCUGGUGUCUUAAGCACCUUCUUACAUACAAAAAUUGUUGUCUUAUUUACAGGGGUUAGUGUCAGAGCUGGUUUAGAAGAGAGGUACUUGAACUUUUAUUCAACUUUAAUACACGAGCUGCAUUUGUAGAAUGGGGCCAAAAAUGAUCAUUAUUAAAAGUAAUUAUUAUAACCUGGAUUUUUUGCAUCAUUUCUUAAAUAAUGCAGUGUUUAAAGUAUUCCUUUUGAUUCUUCUUUCACCAGAGAAAGACUUCUCAAUGAGCUUCGUGAAACAGAGGAAGCUAGCAGGCGUCAGGCUGAAGUUCUUGUGAAGGUUAGUUUGGUUAAAAUUUUGAGGCUGGUGCUGCACUAGGCAUGAUAGUGGUGCAAGAAAGGUUUGUCAUGGGAAUAUAAGUGUGUACAAUGGUAAAUGAUAAAUGGGUUCGAUCAGUCUUAAAAGUCCUGGCAGGGGUGUUAGGCUCCUGGUCCUGGAAUUACUUAAGAGGUCCCUGAAAUGUCCUUGAAUUCAAGGGUGCAAAAUAAAAUAAUUUGAGGUGUUAACCACAAAAGGUAGCAGAAAAUGCUUGCAUGUCAUUCUACAAGCAAAUGACCAGAAGUUGUACGCACAUGUAUAAUUUCCAUGCCCUUGUGCAUUUUGCAUGGAUUUUUGUCACACAGAGCUGUGAAAUUUUAUGGCGCUGUGUUGUGUGCGUUGAGAAUUUGGCGAAAAGGGUAAAUUUUAUUCCUCAUAUUAUGUGUCACCUUUAGUGUAAGUGAUUUACCAGUCUGAGUAGCUGCUCUGCAUUUGUUAUGUCAUAAAUUUGCUUAAACCUCGUAGGAACUUGCAGUACCGCUUGAGAGAAUCUGAGAUGAUAAUCCAGGGGCGGAUCCAGGAAUUUUUAAUGUGGGGUGGGGGGGUCCCAACUUUGGUUCAGAAAGGACUUUUUUGUGGUAAAUUGCUUCUCUCCUACACUCCCCAGGCCCACACGCCAUUCCACCAGUCGCGGUUGCACGUUGUCAUUCCUUGGCCCCUUAGCGUGUGCUGCUUUGGGAGCAGAGGCGAACAGAUCAUAAGAGGGUACCCAAAAACAAUUACAUUUUUUAAUUUACAGGGAAUUUAGUUUAGUGGCAAAAUGUAACGCGCGUUUCAUUAAAAAAUUUGCUAGUUAAAGUGUUAUACGAUCCUGUCGAUGUAUGAAUUUCAGUCUCAAACACAACCUCGUUCCCAGGGUUAUCUCCUACCCGCCCUAUAGGUAGGAGAGAACCCUGGGAAUGAGGUUGUCUCAAACAAGGGUCAAGUCUGCUGGGGGGGUCCUAACCCCCCUGAUCCGCCAUUAGAUCACCACUGUAAUCUUGUCCUGGGGAGAAAAAGUCUCGUUUGUCGAGAUGAGAGUCUCGUCUUGCGAGAUGGUUGAAAUACUGUAAGUAUCAAGCGUCUUCAGAAUGUUUCCGGACUCAGCCUUCACAGCAUCAGCAUAAAGCCAAUGAAGUAUGCUAUGUUCUGUUAAUUAAAAAUUACUAUUGGAGCGAAACAUCACGCAUACUAUAAUCUUGCAGGGGCUGGAUGCAGAGCGUGAUGUUCUACGUGAAAGUCAAAGAUUAGCUUCAGAAAGAGAUCGGGAACUUGAGUCAUUAAGGCAGCAGGUAAGGUUUACCUCUAAAUAGUUUUGGCAAAAUAAAAAGUACAGUCUUGGAAGCCAAGGAUAGGAGUAAAUUACAUUUCUUUCAUCAUUUGUUUAAUAGUACAAUGUAGCUGGCCAAGGAAUGCGUUUUUUGAACAGAGCUCAGAUACUUGUCAUCUACACUGAUGAUUCCAUUAAAAUCGUUCUAAAUUUGCCUUGAUUAAUAACGUUGAGAACCGAGUCAAAUUUAGUGACAUUUGUGUCGAGUCAUUAGAGCAUAACUUGACUGAUAUAUUGGAGACAAUUUGCCCCGUAAUGCUAGUUUUUGGCAAGUAGGCCUUUUGGAUGCUAUUCUUUUACAAUAUCCUGACAAAUCCCAUAAUUUCAUAAAUAUAAUUUUCAUGUCAUCUACUCUAUUUUAAACAUAAAUUGGUUAGUACCCCACUGGUAACUCAGGCUCUGUGAUUACAGAUUACGGUUACUGUAAAAUUACAGUCACUGUGUUUGUAUGGGGUAAAAAUACGAUCCCAAAAUUUGAAGGAUAUCGUGAAAAAAUGUUGUGUUAGAAGGGGAGCAUGACGGCCGAGAUACCAUCUCGUGCCUCCUGCUUUGUGUAUUAUAUUGUAUGGAGGGUGAGUUUGAGCAAAUUAUCACGAAAAUUCGUUUGAGCAUUAAGGACAACAACAACUAACUGCCAUACAAACACCGUAUGAAACCGUAUUGUGGUACUAUCACAGAGCCUGGGUAACCUGUGGUACCCGUCAUUUCCAGGGGCUUGUUAAUGGUUGGGCACCUUGAGAAUGAGGUCUGUUGACCCCCUCAUGUUUUUACAGUUGCAGGCCAAUCAAAAAACCCAACAAGAUGAAAUCGAAAACAGACUUAAAGAAAUACAACAAGAGGUAAACAUGAAUAACCAAUACCUAUUCUGUGAAAUUUUGUUUUUCCAACCAAGAAAAUGUCGAGAGUGGCAUCUCAAAGUUAAGUGCUAUGCUUAGUAUUCCUUUUCACACUAUGCUUAGUGUUACUGACGAAUAUCGCAUUUCCCCUUCCAGCAAGAGGCGUUCCCGCCACCCGUAACAUCAAUAUGUAGAUUUUCAAAGAGUCAAUGAAGCGCGGCACUCGGCUUCUUCGCUCUCUUUAACGUUCAAAAUUUAAAAAAAAGCAGUGAAUUGGACAAUAAACAGUCAAGUCCCAAAAGAUUGGUUCAUAUUUUCUGUCAGCAGUGAAUCCUAAUUGAGUUUUAUCUAGUCUGUGUUAGCCUGCAGAACUGGCACUAUUUUUUUUUUUGCGUUUUUCAUGCGAGCGAAGGCAAGCGCGAAGCGAACAAGGAGUAGCAGACACCAUCGUGCUUGUCUGGCGCUCCUCGCUCGCUUCGCGUUUGCCUUUGCUCGUCUAAAAAACGCGAAAAAAUAUCGUCUGUUCUGCAGGCUAAGUCUUUGUCAAGUUAAAGCUGGUUUCCACACAAAUACGAUGGCUGCGAUUGCUCAUAGGCAAACUAGAAAAAAAGUUAAAAAGGCAAGGAUCGCUGAAAUAAACUUCUGUUCUGAUUAAAACAUGAUUGCUACUAUCGAUCAGAUCGCUGGGGAAAAGUUCAGCGACCGGAAACCAGCUAUUACGCUCUAUACAUAUUUACUUACAGUUACUUGAAAUUACAUUACAUUUUAAAGAUCAGAUAUAACGCGCAUUCUGAUUGGUUGAAAAAGCAUGCUUUAUCAGAGUAUAAAACACGGAACUAAAGCUGUCGCGCCACCUGCAAAUAGUUUGUUUCGAAAGUAACGCGUGGGGAAUUUAACAGAUUCUUUAUCAUAAAACAAAUGAAGAAGCUUUGACUGUGCUCUGUUCUGUUGUAAAACACUUAGGAAGCGGCUACAGCACUCAGAAGGUAGAGGGAAACACUCGACUACGUAACGUGCUUCCCCCUGCACCUCUUUCGUGCCCUAGCCUCUUCCUGCGUGCUUUACAACAGAACAGAGUGCAGUCAAGGCUUCUUUAUUUGUUAAUUACAUCACAUUGCAUUACGUUACAUUACUGAAUAUUGUUAGGUGAUCAUUACCCUUAAAGUCUCAGUUGUAAUCGACAUCUAAACAGUAAUUCUCUUUAUAUGAACAAUGCAAAAUUUAAGCAGUAAGUUUGUGAGAAUUAAGGAAAUUAUUACCUGAUCUGAAGACACAUUAUUUUAAUACCUGAUAAUAAAGAAAGUGUACCGUAUCUUGACGAUAUAACUUAAAUUUUAAAACUAGUACCCUGUACGCAUGCAUCAUUUUUCACUAUCCAUCCACAAUUGUUCACUGUCCAUCAAUCCAUUUUCCUCUCCAUAACCCUACAUGGCGUUCAGUUGUUUCGCUACAAAGUCUGCCUCCUUUUCCUGUAUAUAUAUGCGCUUCGUGUUGCGAACAACGGCGAGCGCUAAAAGGAAGUAAUAAAGACAUUUCGCUAAUUUAAACUAUGAAAUCUGUGGUUAUCGCUCGUUCGAUAUAAAAAUUUAGCCGCAUUGUUUGUGUAUAAAGAGGUGAAGUAUCAUCUCAUUAUAUCUACUUAAAACAGUAGCGAAUCGACUGACAACAGGUAGCGAAAUGACUUUGUAGCAAAACGACUGGUAACUUCUGGCAUUGUGACCUUGGGACUAUAUUUAUUGUGUGCGAUUGUCAGAUGAGAGCGGAGCGAGAAUCGUGGGAGAAGAAACAGAGAGAAGUCGGUCAACUCGCCACCGAGUUACAAAAUGUCCGGGUAACUAAACGUUCUUCAUACGUACUAAAACAUUCUUUUCUUCUGCAAUAACGUGCUUGUUGAGCCAUUUAAGUGUUCAAAACUAAUGAUAAUCUUUAAUCUAAACAUGGUAAUCUUGAUUAAAAAGUUUACCCUCAGUAUGGAUUAAUACAACCUAACUUUCAAUUAACACCCAUUUUAACGUCGCGGAGCUUUCUUGCUCAUAAUUUUAUUAAUUACUGACAAUCUGAAAUAUAACCACUUGCUAACUCCGUUGUUAAGCAAACUUAUCCAGACUAAUCCUGCAAAUAACCGUCAGGCUACUUUGCGCUAUAUGUUAUUAUGAAUAGAUUUAAAAACUUUUCUAACCUCUUCUAUAACCCAAUCCAAAAACCGUCAUUCCUCCAAGGUAUAGUUGUUACUUUGAAAUCUAAAGUGGUUGUUUAUCUCUUUAGAAUUUAAUAGGUGAAGCGAAUGAAACUAAACUAAGGGAAGAAAUCCGUUCUGUUGCCAGGUACGCAUUCCUCAUAAGGAUUAUCCUCUUUUUAGAGGAAAAAUUCCUCGACGAAAGUCUGAUUUUUUUAAAGUGGAAACGUGGGAAAGGAUGUAUGGGAUUUGUAGUCAGUGUCACUAUUUGAUAAAUUUUUCUUUAAAUAGUAACUUUUUCAAUUGUUUUGAAAACACCCUAGCAAACAUAUUUUGGCGUGGACAAUCAUGCAGUUUGAGCUUCUGCGUAUCAUUUUUGUAACUUUUUUCUCGGUUGAGCUUACAUCAUUGAAGAAAUGAAGUUAACUGGCGAAGAUAGCAUUGAAAACGUGCGUGGUAUCAGAACAAAAUGUUCGAAGAGCUUCUUGACAAACAGUCUCAAUACGUUGCCAUGGUUACAACCGGAGUUUCCCGCCAAAAUGCAGAGUUCUGGGGCAUGUGAUAAUCGGGAGCUUUAGCAACGGUGACGGCAGCGAAAACGUUCCCAUUAAAGAGUUUGCGUCACGGUUUUUGCAAACUUUGUUGCGAUUACUUUAACUGUCUUAAAAUGUCAAAUGCUGCUAAAUUUCCCUUACAUUCUGAGGGACUUAACCUAAGUUAAGAAUGAGAAAGAAAACUUCGUCGUGGUGUAUUUUAUACGUCCUUCGUAAAACGGUGUAGUCGUGCAGUGUCGGCAAAGAAAUGUUCAAAAAGGUGUGCUGCACUUGCAGGGCUGUUUCUUCGCUUAGUAAUCAGUUGCUUUUUUGACGUCCUCGUUGCUGCCUUCGUCGUUGCUAAAAUAAGCUCCCUAUUCGGUUCAAACCCGAGGUUCGCGUAAUAUACAUGUAAGUUGUUUAUUUAUUUUUGCACAGUGAACUGGAUUCUGAACGGCGAGCUCUGGAGGACAGUGAACGAGAAAAGAGAUUACUUGCUUCACGCGUGGAGGAUUUGUCAGGGAGACUGGAACUAGCUGAAAGAGAACGCAGGGAGGUAGGGACGUGAUUAAUCACUUAACAGGAAACCCUAUCAUUUAACGUAUAGAGCGCUUUCACAUGACGUCACGGCGGCCAUGUUGGUGUUCCAAAACAAUGAAACGGCCGCCAAUAAAUUUGCCUAGAUGCUGGCCACGUGAGUGAAAACGCCGUAUACUGUAGAACUGAAAGGUGCCCAUCGAGUCUGGGACAAUAAUUAGGGACUUUAAGAUCCGACGCGGACUGUAACGAGAACGUCAAAAAAACAAUAGGUUUUAUUAGCAAAACAACAACUUUGCACGUGCACCAUGCUUUUUUUGUACAUUUCUCCGUCCGUUUUUGCACGACUACGACGUGAACAUGCCUAAUUUCGCGUCUUAUGGAGGACGUAAACAAGCAACGACGAAAUUUUAUUUCUCUUACCGCACUUGGAUAUGGUGCCUAGCAAUUCAACUCCAGGAGGGUUCGCCUACAUUUGACAAAGUGAGUGGGGGCAAUAAUUCCGAUAAAGACUGAAAGAACGCAAAUUCACUUGUUAAGCGACGUUCUCAAUGCCGUCGCGUCGUUGGAUCUUAAAGUCCCUAUUCAAACAUGAAAUCGGGACCCUAGCGGCUAGGGCGGGGCAUGAAUUCGGCACCUCCGGAUUGCACGUCCAGCGUGUUAACCGCUCAGCUGUGCUGCCUCCUCCCUUAUAAGAGUGAUACGUUAUGGGCAAAUACAAAAUAAGAUCGACUUAAGGGAGGUUUUGUGAGCCCGAGAGACUAAGCAACCCCCACAAGCCCUUGUUUUCACUAAAACCGCUGUACACAAAACCUCCCCUUUGUCGAUGUUGCAUUGUCACAACCAGGAGUUUCAAUAAGCACCGACGAAAUGCGUGGGCUACAUUGCUCAGAGAAGUCGACUCCUUUUUCCUCCGAAGAAAAAGCAACUAGUUUGAAUAAUGUCAUGAACAAAAAUAGAAUUUGUUCACGCGGAAAUGUAUGUAACUUAGUAUAAUUAUCAUUUGUUCAUUGCUUGCAGGAGUUAAUUGUGUGGCUGAUAAAUCAAAAUUUGACUGAACCCCAAAUCUUCUUGAAUGGAAAACUCGCUCUUUUAUACCCAGUUUAGUCCCCUAAACGCUGGAAAUCGCUUAUUAGGGCUUUGCAAUUUUAAAAUUUUCUGACGGAGCAUGCCCCCAGACACCCCUUGAAAACGUGGACUGUUGAUACAGUAGGUUACUCUAUUCAAAUCUGCUGGCUACUUAAAUUUUUAUUGAAACCCAUGGUCACAACCUACGUUAUUUCGGGCCCCUGUUCCGUACAUCCUAUUAUAACUUGGGUGAAAAAUGCUACGCCUGUUAUGACAAAUUGGCAAGUAACGAAAGCAAUCAGUGUGCUUAUACUUGUUUGUGGCAAACAGUAACGUUCUGUGGUAUUAAAAGCGGAUAAAGGUAUGUUGUUGAGCGUUGAAGUCUGCGUUUUGUGCCUGUAGGAUGUUCAGCAGACUGAUAUUCAGUUUUGAAUAAUACUUACCAUGAAAUAGUUGAAGAAAGGCUCAGUAUUUUAAUCGUCAUGGCUCGUUGGUCGCAUGGACUGGCUUUUACUUUACUUAACACGCCAGCUUGCAAUCCAUGCGUUGUUAUGCCAACGGAAUUGACAGCUUUGUGGAACUCCUAGGUCAUGGCUGAAUUAGAUGCUGCAACAAAGAGACUGGACCAAAGUGAAGGUGGAAAAAAUGCACUUGUGGACCAGGUAAAGAUGGUUACUGUUGCACUUUAACAUCGAGUGGUUCGACGCUGUUUCUUUACGUUUUAAAAAGUUCUCAUAUUCCGCCAAUUGGCCAUUUCCAAGUUGCCCCAGGCCUCUGUUUUAAAACUAGGCUAAAUGCGAAGCCAUUGAUAUGAUGAAGCGAUUUUCGUAUGACCUUGAAAUGAAACGAGUGAACAGAACAGCAACAAACAAACAAACGGAAAUAGAGCGAUUUGAUUGGUUUAUCGAACGGAUACAAACGUGCGCGGCUUUCGGUUGGUUAAGCGAACGCUGGGGUGAAAAAACUUCAUGCCCGAGAACUUUCUAGAAAUCAAUCGAUUCUUUGCUUUGACGCCAUACUACAACACGAUUGGCCAAUCGAACAAUGCCUUCUCCAUAUUAGGGUUUUCUUUGGCGGGAAAACGACGAGUCUAUGUUUUGAUCCUAACGAAUAACGUUCACUUACCGAAAACAUUUUUCAAGGUCAUACGAAAAUCGCUCUAACAUCGAGUAGAUCAAACGCUUUUUCUUUACGUUUUACUGAAAUAGUUCUCAUAUACAGCCAAUUGGCCAUUUCCGAAAUGCCCAAAGCCUCUGUUUUAAAACGAGGUUAAAUGCGAAGCCAUUGAUCUAAAAAAUGAUUUUUUUAUUUGAGAAAGAUGUUUACUCAGUCAGUGACACAGGCGGCUCAAAAAUUCGAGCACUCCCAACUGGAGUCCGACCUAUAAAAAGGAAGUCCCUGGAGUAACUGUAGAAAACUCAACGACUUUCAAAGUGUCUCUUUGAAAGAGGUGACGACAGCACGUUGAAGCGCUGCGCGCGAGUGCGUAUUCACCUGCGUUAAGUGUUUGCUUUCAGUGGCAGGGUUUUCUGCAGUUAAGCUCAGACAUUUUCCAACAACAGCAACUUCAAAUUCUACUGAAGGCCCUCUUACCUGUGGCCCUGUUGCUCACGUUGUUGUAUGUCAUGGCUGGACACUUACGUAACGUUUUUAAUCUACUCUCAAGGCAGAACAAUUACGUCAACAGUUUUCACGGGCCGAAAACGAAAAAAAUGAGCUGACUAAAAAAUUGGAAGAAGCACAAAGUAAAUUUGAAGAAAAUGAAGCAGCUCGGAAACGACUUCAGGGGCGAUUGGAGAGUCUGAGCCGGCAGAUGGAAGAAGGACAAGGGGAUCGUGAGCGGCUAGUGGAACAACUUGAAAACCUUAGGGCACAGGUGAUAGGAUCAUUUGUCACUUAAGAAACGAAAAGGAAACUGGAUGGAGUUAUCUUUGCAAAGACUUCUGGGACUGUCACUAGGGACAGGAGAAAAAUUGGCCAAUAGCUAAACGACGUGGCCCUGGUAACGAUCCCAGAAGUCUUUGCGAAAGCUAACUCGACCCAUUCCUUCUCAUUUCUAGAGUGCAGGCGUUCCAGACCUACUCAUGAUUUUUUCUAGUUAUCCUAUAUUUUGUAAGGAUUCUAUAAACAGCCUAUAUCUCAAGAAAUCCUCCUAUAUUUCCUAUAAAUAGGAUAUCUGCAUUUUGCACCGUAAAGUAACUUUGUUGUGAAUUAACAAAAUCAAAAUUCUUUAUCAGUAAAAAUAGUAUCUUUUAAAUUUUUAAAUUUAUUUUUUUCCUAUAAAGAGCCUAUAUUUUGGCAGAAAAUUUCUAUAUUUUCCUAUAUUUUGCACUUGAACAGCCUGUUUUUCCUAUCAGAUUUUCCAAAAAGUGGCUGGGAUGCUUGAAAGUGGCGAAUUGUAGUUAAAAACUUGAAAACCUUGGGGAUAGUAACUAAUUCACAUUCGCAUAAAAGCCACCUGAUGCCUCUUGAUGAACAAGUUAUGGGUGAAAAAAUUUUGCACAAGGCGUAGGGUCAGUGAGCUGAUAGAGGAAAUUUGUCAGUGCCGCUGAAGGGGAAAAGGGUGGAGAAACUUGCUUGCCCUUUGUUGAGUAGACUUGCGAGAAGAGAACGAAUUUUUUUGCAAGGGCUUAUAAAAGGCCAGCGCCAGGAGAAUUUCCCUGGGAACCGUAUAGGGCCACCAUAGGGCCUUACAAGGGAGCACGCAGUUAUUUAGUUUAUUAACUCGUCUUGCGGAGGCUUUUACGCGAAUGAGAAUAGGUGAGAGGUUCAUUGUAGUUAACAACUUGAAACCCUUAGGGGACAGGUCAGAAGUUCAUUGAAGUUAGCGACUUGAAAACCUUAGGGGACAAAUGAGAGGCUCAUUGUAGUUAACAACUUGAAAACCUUAGCGGACAGGUGAGAGGUUCAUUGUAGUUAACAACUUGAAAACCUUAAGGGAUAGGUGAGAGAUUCAUUGUAGUUAACAACUUGAAAACCUUAGGGGGAGGUGAGAAGUUCAUUUUAGUCAACGACUUGAAAACCUAGACUGUUCACAGUCCCCUAUUUUUCCGUAAGAUCGUCGAGAUCGGGCGCUUUGCGUUCCGGGCUGCCAUCUUGCAUGAGUGUCAAAACUACUUAGGGGGCGUGGGCGGUUUGGGAGGAAGCGAGAAAAAUAGAGGCCCUCUAUUUUUCUUGCCCCCUCCCCCUACAGCUAUAAUCCCCGUCGCCCGCCCCCGUGGUACUUUUGAAACUCAAGAUGGCCGCCAUUAGCGUAAAACACGCUAUAUCUCAACGAUCUCACGAAAAAAUAGGGAACUGUGAACAGUCUAUUGAAACCCUUAGGGGAUAGGUGUGAGGUUCAUUGUAGUUAACAACUUAAAAACCUUAGGGGACAGGUGACAAGUUCAUUUUAGUCAACGACUUGAAAACCUUAGGGGAUCAAGUGGGAGGUUCAUUGAAGUUGGAAACCUUAGGGAACCGGUGAGUGGUUCUUUGAAGUUUACAACUUGAAAACCUAGGGGGUAGGUGAGAGGCCUUUGCGGUUAACAAACUAAACAACCUUAUUUUCAGGUUGCAAAAUCUGAGCGAGAAAAGGAUGAGAUCAUGCAACAAGUAACAAGACUAACUCGGAACGCUGCUCAAAGACGUCAAUCAUUCGGUCCAACCGCUUCGUCUCAGUUCAGGAGAAGCCUGGGGCGAACUGAGGGGCCUGGAGGCGACUUCGCGUCUGAAAUGAGAAGGAACCUGGACCGAUUUGAGAUGGAACAGGAUCUGGAUCGGAGGCACAUGGGCGAGUCAUUUUACGAUGGACUGCCCGGCAGAAACUUCAGGGGAGGGGAUGGUGGCGGAGGGGACAGGUAAGUUAUGGAUAUUAGGCAAAUAACCAGGAGCUUAUAACCCGGAGAGAGCUCUACUCCCAUACUAGACCUACGUUACGGCAUUUUCAUGAACGGUUUAUUUUUAGAAACCACUUUUUCCCACGAAAAUGGAAGCUCCGCUCUUUCUAUGUGCUCAUUAGUAGUGUGAUAGGAGGGCGAAGCUAAGAAUUUUCUAGAGGUACGCAUUGAAUCGAUUAAAUUUGCGUUCAUGAAUAAGUACAGUGAGGUAGCUCUUUCUUUUGUGUAGGGUCGUGUUCUGCAGGCAACAGUUGUCGCCUUUGCUUCUGGCAAUGUCAGCACUUUUUUCAUUUGGAAGCAGCUAAAGCAGAGUGACAUAGGCGAAGAUAUUUCCUUCAGCAAUCGCUUUUUUUGUCUUCUGUUUAUUCUUUUGCUUUGUUUGUUUUUCUAUUUUGUUUUUGGUUUCUUAAAUUUCGACAUUUCUCUAGGUACGCACGUGCAUAGUAGCGUAAACGUCCCCAAUGACGUGAAAGAGAAAAUUGAUGUCAUUAAAGCGUCAAAGACUAUCCUUAGGUUUGGCUGACUGGUUUGUGGGACUUAAACGACAUUCUCAAUUCGCGCCAAAUUGUUGUAAAAAUAAAAUGUCUGUCAAAACACAGUGACCCAACUACAUACUUUCUCCGGGCUAUGAGCUUAAGGCGUUUCAGAAGGAAGGGAGUGUUAAAAACAAUUAAGCUACAAGAUUUGUUUAACAGUCGACAAGGACGAUAGAAUAUUUACAUGCAAUUGAUCUCAAAAAACCUUUACUCUGGCACCCUGUUCAUGACCCAUGUAUCCUGUGUAAGUUCGCCUGUAUUAUCAACUAUAGGCCACUUCCGAGUUUCAAAAACUCUCACUUUCAAAACGAGACUAGGUGCGAAACCGAGUUUUAUUGGCACGAAAAUAAAAAAUCAUAUUUGUAUCGGUAGCUUUGCACUUAACCUCGCUUAGAAACAGGGGGUUGGGCCAACUCAGAAAUGGCAUAUUUUGGUGCGAGGCUGCACGCGAAAGAACUUCGCUAGUUUGUUAGUCCACUUGAUGGUACUGCUAAAGAGCUUUCAUGUGAAUGGCUACACCAUAACAUUUCAUCCACAGACUUAAAAAGUUAGAACUGUAUACUGAAUGGAUAGUACUAUUUGAGCGUACUGACGAAGAGGUUUUGUUUGAAUAGCUUCCUCCAUAGAAACAAAAGUUCAAAUUUCAUUACACCACAAAAGAGGGAUUUUACGCACUGAUAUAGAAUUACUUUUCCUUGUAGAAUUGAACUACUAAACAGUUUGGAAGCGCUGCACCAAGACAUGGAUCGAAAGGACGAGCAGCAGGAGCGGUUACUCAGCCAGAUGAGAGAUUUACUGUCCAAGUACGAAGAGAGCGAGGAACAAAAGAAACGAUUCGCGACCGAGUUGGAGACUGUUACCAAGAAACUUAAGGAGGCUACGAAAGAUGUGCAAGAACUUGAAGGACAGCUAGAAGACAAAGAGAAUCAGCUGAGAGAGAGCGACAAGAAAAGAGCUGAGCUGAGGAACAAAGCUGUUCAAUCCAUUAAAGAGUAGGUUCCUUGUGGUUUUGACAGACUCUAAUACGCACUAAUGGUCUGUGGCGUCCCUACAAGUUUGGACGGCUCAUUUUAAAGCUAAACUUAGGCGGCUUACCAUUUGUCAGAACUGGCCGGCUAGACCAGUCCAGUCGCAAUGACCAUUCCAACUAUAAACAGCCAGCAAGAUUAGCCUAUUUCUAAAUAGUAUGCGCGGCAGAAUCGGAUUGUACUUUCAGUGGUUGCGGUAGGGAGCAAAUUUAAGCAACGACGUUGACAACGUCAGGGAAAAAGUCGCUUAAAAAACAGAAUUUGCGUCCUUUCAAAUUUUAUCGCGUCUAUUUGGACGCGCUCAGUUUUUCAAAUGUAGACAAUUUUUCCUGGAGUUGAAUCCUCCCAUGGAAUAAGCGCCGAAAUUCGUUUGAAUUCUUUUUCUAGAAAGGACUUCAAACAAAAAAUCCAAUCUGAAUGAAAACGUGAACGUGUUAUCGUAAAGUCCCACGUUUUACAGAGAACGCUAUAUUUCAGUCAAUUUUUCACAAGUUUCUUACAGUUGGUUACUCUAUUCAAACUUGCUGGCUACUUCAAUUUUUAUUGAAACCCCUGACUUUCAAGAAGGGUUCUUUUAGCUUUGAAUGAAGUGAUUCAGAUGGAGUUCCUAGUGAAAGGGAAACUUCUCGUCUACCCUUCCCUAAGCCAACAUUAACACUUAAAUCUCACUUAGGGCAAAAUGCUGACUUAGGGGAGGGGUAGGUUGACAGUUUCCGAGAAAAGUAUAAUGAUCCGAAAUCUCUUGGAAUCUUGCACCUCCACCCCUAAACUCAUUUUUAUUGCUCAGUAAGUUCAAGAUAAUAGGAGUGCUAUUGAACGUUGUGCUCGGUCAAAUCUUAAAAAGCCUACAAAAACAAAUUACAAAGAAGUCUGUACGCGCUUCAUAACCAUUGAGCUUUAUUGACUAUACUGUUACUCGUAUUGUUUUCUAUGUUCCUAGAUAUCGUACAAAAUGCAAGAGACUGGAACGAGAAGCUGAACAGGGUCUUCAAGUACAUGAACCAGUGGUUGGUAUAAGUUUUUGUUUGUUUGGUUGGUUGUGUGUUUGUUUGGAGGCUACAGGAUUUUUUCUGCCACGCUCUCCAACCCCUUUCCUCCUCCAAUAUACGUUUAACAGUCCUUGAUGUUUAAAAGGUUGUUGCCCUUUACAAAGAGUAUAUAAUUAUGGCAACUUGUUGGUUCAAAUUGUACACAAUACCUGUUUAAUGUGCUUGCGAGAUGCUUGUAAUUUAGGGUGUUGCGUUGAUCAGUGUUCAGUGUAAUGUCCUGUGACUUUCCUAAGCCUGCCAAUAGCUUACCAUUAGGAGUCGCUCACGAAACGAAGAAAUAUUAUGUCGCAGAUGAGAGAACAACAGACGCGUUCUGUUUACAUUAUAACUUGCUCACGGUGAGCUCAGACAGACGUCACCAUAACCCAUAGCUCAGUGUUUAGCUUGUCUAACCAUAAAUUGACUAGUAGCUGGAAUUUCAUGGGUUCCCUGAUUUCCAUUGGGACUUCUUGAUUUUUCCAAGCAUAUUUUCACAUGUGCCUAAUAUCUAUUUCAGUUUCAUCGCAUUGGGUUGUUAAUUAAGUCAAAAGUAGCGUUAAAAAGAGAGACAUGAAUAGACCGAUCACUCAGCUACGCUGCCCUUGAGUGCCACUAUUCAUAACAAUCAUAACAUAACAAUAAUGUUAUUAAUUUAUGACUUCUUGGUUCUUUUAAUUAUAAAGUAUCUCUGCUUUCACAAAUACAGUCGAACCUGCACUAACGGCUACCUCUCUUCAACGGCCACUUUUGUGGCGGAUAGUCCAUACAUUGACUCUUGUUUAAACCUUUCUACAACGGCCACUUUCUCCUGUCUCCUUGGUGGCCGUUGUGGAGAGGGUCAACCGUACAGCGAGUCAUUUAUUAAUGAAUUCUCGUUAUAACCUACACUCGUGCCACUAAUUGUUCUUUACCGUGUCAGUCUUGUCAAUCCUCGAUCCUCUCACGUGAGACUUGUCUCAUAUUGGGUUGUUCAUUACAGAGGGAAAUGAAAGAAAUAAAAGAGUUACGCUCUAAAGUGGCCAAACUAGUGUCCAAACUCCAAGAGGAAGCAGAGCAUCGACAGGUGAGUACAGGGGAAUGGGACUAGUCUUUGAGAGACAAGCAAGCUGGUGACGCAAGGGCAAUAGAGCUUUCCGUAUAAACGGCACGACGCGGCUUAGCUAAGACGCGUCUUAUUAGAUAAGACAUGCUCGUAUAAAUGGUACAGUUCGCGCCUUAUUUUUCCUCGUAUAAAUGGCCCUAAUGUGAAACUGUAUCCUCCACUUUGCAAAAAUAUUAAAACUUCGUUUUCUUGAUUUUCAUGUGAUAUUGUAAAAGGCUAGGAAAUAUAUACUUAGGUCAGAUAAAGAGAUUCUGCAGAGUAAAUUCAAGAAAUUCUUGGGGAAUAAACUGCAGUGUUAUAACGAUGAAAGGGGACUACAACAUCAAAUCUUAUGUCACGACCGGCGUACUGUACCCAAUGAGUUUUUUUUCUUUAUCCAGUUUGUUGUCUUUUUAAUUUAUACAAUUCUCUCCUUCCAACAAUUUUUUUUUUCAAAUCAUGUUUCAAGUUAAUAAAUCAACGUGAUUUGUUAUCAUGAAACAAGACCCUCGGCCCUCGUUGAACUACUCUUCCACAGAACUAAAAAGUCAAAGUACGUUACAAGCCUCAUGUUUUCCCUCGCUGUUGCUCACGUUUUUUUUUUUAACUUCAUUAUAUACAAAAUGUGAUUCAUCAACCUAGGCCUGGUCACUACUCACUAAGCAAACAAACGGUAUUAUUUUUUUCGUGCGACCAAAUCAGCUAAUUUUUUGUUGCAUGUAGAAUGUCUAAAUCUGGACGUAUUGUUUCCAUUUUAAUCUUCAGAAUUACGAGGAACGUAUUUUGGAAGCGAGACAACAGGAAAGAGCCACAAAGGAGGAAGCAGCCUCACUAUAUGCUCAACUACAACAAGUAUGUUGACAUCGUCAUGGUUUCCUUUUGCAAUUUCACUUAAUACAUUUGCUUGGCUUGCUUUACAAUUAAACCUUUCUCGCACAAUAGCUUUUAGAUCUAACUGCUUAUCGCAAUUCAAAAAAACAUGGGACAAACUUCUUUAGAUACGUGAAUGCUAGUGUCAUUUCCUCCAAGCUACACUUUACUGCUAUACUGUUUCACUUAUCAGGUUUGCGUCUUUUUCCUUUGAAUUUAGUUUGUUUGUUUGUUUGUUUGUUUGUUUUUUUUUCGUUACAAAUUUAGUUUGUUUUUUGCCAUAUAGAUAUAUAUAUUUUCAUAGUUAAAAUAACAAGUAUUUGUAAUUAAUUUUUUUCUUGUCAAUAAAAAAAAAAAUAUAAAAAAAAAAUAAAAAAAAAAAAAUUACGAGGAACGUAUUUUGGAAGCGAGACAACAGGAAAGAGCCACAAAGGAGGAAGCAGCCUCACUAUAUGCUCAACUACAACAAGUAUGUUGACAUCGUCAUGGUUUCCUUUUGCAAUUUCACUUAAUACAUUUGCUUGGCUUGCUUUACAAUGAAACCUUUCUUAUUAUUAAGUCAGUUUUAAGGUGGACAUGAGCCUCCCUAAGUCUCAAAGUUUUCUUCCAUUUCUUUUUUGUCAAACAAAUGUGUGUUUGGCUUACACUUCUGUUAAGGCGAGGGUUACUGUACUAUAUGUUCAUUGUUGGUUCUUUAAAACGCGAGAUCUCGCGUAGCUUCCUCUUCCGCACGUGCUUGGAUUUUUCCUUUCUAACCCGUAUAUCUUAAAAAGAGAGAGAGAGAGAGUAACGGUUGAAGAUUCAUCUGUUACAGGAACGAGACGCUCAUACGAAUGCUCUGAGGGAGCUUGAGGAACAGAUCCAGGCCCUCACGGUUGGUUCCACUUUGCUACUCAAACCCUUAAUAUUUUGUAAGGUGGCUAAAUGUUAAAAUGGUGUGAGGGUUAGGGUAGAGACAUUUGGGUCUUGGUUCUCGUCUUAACAUUCACUUCAGAGAGCUUUAGAUUUGAGGAUUAGAACGAGUACGAGAUUUAUCUUAAAGUUUUUGCGCAUGCUCUAAAAAAAAUCACCCCGGAAAGCUUCAUUUUACUAUUUUUUUGCCAAAAAGAGUUAGUACGGUUAUUUAUACUGGAGGAGGUUAAACCUUCUUCCGAAAGCAAAAUGGUAAAACUUCUUACAUUUGAUUACUUGUUCCCGCCACUACGACAUUCUCGCUAAUACUCGUAGUUGUAUGACGACGGCUGUCACGUUUUCCCGCCAAAAUGACGCUGGUUCACGCGCGUGCACUACUUAGUAUUGAGAAAAUCUCGUACCCGUAGUUGUCCUCGUCCUCGAAUCUAGAGCUCUCCAUUGUUAGUCAUUAACAAAACAGAGGAAAUCGCUACCAUGACUCAGGGUAUGGAUACAAAUUACCAUUUUGGAAAUUCUAGCUCUGAAUUUCUACAAAAAUUAUUAACAAUCUGAGAAGCUAUAUCAAACACUCGACUCAAUUUUCCUAUCAGAUAUGCGGACUCCUCGAAAACUUUUUGAUAGAAUCGGCUGCCCCCGUCCCCCCUUUUUUUUUCUAUGCGAUGACUGGACAUCAGGCUCCAGUUGUUCAAAAGCUGAAUAUCACAAUCUACCGGAUAAAUCACUAUCUAGUGAAAAGUAUUAGAGAAAACCAAUUGCCCUAUCCAAUGGACAGUGAUUUAUCCCAGACGUUAAAAUGAGUGCGGGGAAACGUUAUGCUUGGUUAACAAUCCCCUGUUUUGUGGCUACACACUAUUUUUCUUUGUUUCUUUGUUUUUUUUUUUUCUUCACUUAUUUCUACUCAACUGUUCUUCCUCAGGCUAAUCACGAGCUAGCUCUUCAAGACGCAGCUAAAAAGGCUAAUAAACAGAGAGGAGAAAUAGAAGAGCAAAUCGCAGACAUGAAGGUACUUAUGGUGAUCGAAAUGUAAUUUCUCCUCAUUCUGUUACCGCUAAUCAACCGUAAAGCUCGUGAGAAUAAGGAAAACAAUCAAUCUUUAUUGGUAACAUAAGAAACGAGUAACGAAAAGUAUGGAGAACAUGUGUGUUUAUACGUUGGCUGACGUCACGCAACGCUCUUCCGCGAGAAAAGAAUGGGGUAACGACCUAAAUGACAGCUGCGCAGAGAAGACUUAAGCCCCGUCCACAGGUAUCAGUUUUGGUUUGAAAACGGAGAUUUUUUUCCGGUUUGGCCUACCUUUCACACGUAUUCAGUGAAAACGGUCACCGAAAACACAUCUUUUAAAAAAAAACUGGACAUUUUAGAAAACUCCGUUUUCCUCUACUCGUGUGGAUGGAUGAAAACGGAAGUAUGUAAAAACGAUUACGUUACGGGCUCAGAUACCACUAAUGCGCAUGCUCCCAUCAAAGAUGGUACCAUUUUUAGUAACCAUUAUGUUUUCGUGUAGACGGGCAAAAAAGAUUUAAGUAGAAUGUUUGAUUCAAAACAUUAAUUUGUUCUUGAAAUACUCAGAUUCAGCUUGCGGAUGAAAGGUCCACGAUAAAAGCCAUGCGAAAACGUCAAGAAAAGGACAGAGAAGAAAUGGAGAAACUUCAGACUGAACUGAAUGUGUAAGUUAAUUAAGUGGAAUCCAAGUCUCCUUCUCGCAAUACUUCCCUCAAUGCGUUAUUUUAAAAUUGAGCGGGAAAAUUUUCGCGUGCCCCGCCGCGGUCUGGCGGGGAAAAAAUUGUUUGACCCGGCGUGUUAUUUACGACUUUUUAUUUGUUUUUUUGGCUCUUUCAUUAUUAUAAAGCAGGCCAACAAAGGGGAAAAGAAAUAUUUGGUCAAGUGCUUCAUUAUGUGAGGACAAACUUCUUGACAUUGUUUUUAAAACGCUGCUCUUGAGAGCCCAAAGUUGGCAACAAAUUCAGAGUUCAACUACCCUUUAAAGUCCCGUUCGAACCAGUAUGUCGAUCGCCUUCUUUCCGUCUUUCUCGGGCUCCUCAAUUUUUCUAUAAGAGCAUUGUUUUCAACUAUUCUACGGCAAAUGACGUUUUUUGUAAGCAGCGAAGAAUUCUCCAUCCUCAUCAAAAAGGUCUUCAAGAUCUUGCCCUUGCGACAAAUCGCAACACAACGCCGUAACUUUGAAACACACGCCGUGAUGGAUUGCCGUUGCUACGGGCAACAUUCACUUGAAAACGAGUCCAGUAACAGAAAUAAGACGCAAAAAGGAAGCGAACCAUUUCUACUCGUAUAAAUGGAAGAAAUUGCGUCUGAUUUAGGACGCAUUAUAUUUUUUCUGGUAUAAAUGGUCCUUUUGUGACUUAUUAGUUUUGAUAAUGUUUAUUUUUAAAUUCAAUAAACUGUUUCUAACCUGAUAAUAGAUGUGUUAAUGAUAGUGACUUUUUUUCUACGUAGAGCAAACGAAGAAAAAAACAAGUUAAAAACACGCUACGAACAGGCGAAGGAGGAAAUAGAAAACUUGGUAAGUAAGCUAAAUAUUUACCUAUGUUACAGGAAAUGUGGACAAACCUAGAAACGAGGAGGAUGUCUGAGACAAAAAUUGUGGAAUUAGUUCAACUUAAGGUUUUGAGUUAGAAGUUGUCCCUCCUAGCAGUUGCAGUAAGUUCGAGCCUCUAGAACUUUUUAAAGUUGAAAAUGAUCAGAUGUAGUACGCAACUGACUUCAAUGCAGAUAAAAGUAACUUUUUAGUCGGUAAUUCCAGCGAUAGUUGAUCCAAUGGAGCCUUGGCCGUAGCAUUAAACCUCUCGUACCCUAAAUUUUCAGCCACUGUGAGGGCAGUGUGCCCUCACUUACCCCUGGGAUAUUUGGGUGAGUGCCGGACCAAGUUUGCGGCGAAAAUCGAGUUUAGUUUCUUUAUCUUUUCGUUGUUGUGGAUAAUCAAGCAGCCAUUUAUUAAGCUCACGACAAGACUCGACGUGGGGAACAAUUUCCCGCUCGUUCAAGUGGUCACCCAUUACGUUUUCUCUAAAAUAAAAAAAAACAACUCGUUGGCCCUUUCUCGAGGCACCCUGGGACAGGGAGAACCGUGUCCUUCCUAACAACAAAUCUUAUGCCGUGAGCCCGCCUUCACCGUACCAAGAAAUAUAUGGAUAACCAACCGUCACUCACCAUUUUUUUCUGUAGGGGUACCUUGUUAACUCCUUAUCUUUUUUAAAUCUUGCAGAAAGAAAAAAUCGAAGUAAAUCAGGCAAGGUAUGUUUGCUGAUGUGUUACACUAUCUGAGUUUGGGAUUUUCGUGCUGUUUUUUUCUUAACUCUUUGUUUCUGUGAACAUAUUUGUGCAUUACUAGAGAGGUUAAGAAUCAUGUUCACGGCAAACGCGAAUUUGUACCACGUGACCUAGUUUCCUCUUUACUUGUUGUUUACUGUUCAUUAUUUCUAAAAAUAAAUUAGUAGUUUCACGUAAUUUUAGAAUUGUUUUGAGCUGUCUUUAUCUGUUCAUUUUCUAUGUUGAGAAAUUCUCAACUUGAAUCUGACGUUUGCCGUAUACGUGAAGCUUAAACUCUCUAAUGAGAUUUCACAUGUUUCUCUUCAUAAAAACAACGUGAAGAGUAUGAAUUUGUGUUGUUACCAUUACAGGAUUUCCCAGUUGGAAGACGCCUUGAAGCGUAAUCAGUACGAACUGGAAAAAGCUGCCGAAGAACAGCAGGUAAUUUAAACAUAACAAUUAAUUCUAUGCAUGUCACAUGGUCACUGAUGUGUUUUGGGGACGAGAGAAAAUUGGGUACAAGAGUAAAUUAAAGGACUCUUCUUAUGAUACCGAAAUGACUUUCAUUCUGGAAAGAGUUUAUUCCAUCUCCACAUAUUAUUCUGUAUUUGUUAACAUCAUGGGGAAACUACAUUCUAAAUCUAAAUCUAAAUUGAUACUAUAUAAUCUCUCAUAUGAGAUGUACGAUACGGGGGUGGUUAGCGGCAUUAAACGUAAUAAGGACUUGAAUUUAAGAUCUCAGUGAUCUCCAACUGGGACAUUCCAUAUAUCAAUAACUGAACUAAGGUAGUACUGCGUAAUGUCAAAGGUAACGAGCCGUUCCAUUCAGGGAUCGUGCGAGGGAAAAGGAAGAUCGAUAACACUUUUUAUUAGAUUGCAGAUGACGGAAUGAUAAAUGAGAGUUCGGAGGGAUUGAAUUAUUUGUGUGUAACCUAUUCGGUUUCUUUAUCUUUUCCAGUCCGGUCUACAGAAGGUUGAUGAUCAGCUAGACCGAGUAAUUGAGCAGGUCUGUAGGGAUUCUGACACACCCCUUCCGGUGAGUAUAUCAACCCAAAUCAGCCAAAUAAAUGAUACCCCACUCUAUGCCCUUUAAUUUCCAUUCCCCAUCCCAGGGAUUCUGACACCCCUUCUGGUGAGUACGUUGACCGAAAUCACCUAAAUAAAUGUUACCUUACUCUAUGCCCUCUUAUUUCCAUGUCCCAUUGUCCACUUACUUGUUCGAAGCCAAAAGAAGAGACGUAAUAUAAAUUUUACAAGAGCUUGUAACGUUUCGAGUGUGUUGUCCAAAGAAACACAGCACAAAUUUUCACUUGUUGAGUAAGCUGCGAGACAGUCUUUCUACUGUCCACUACAAAAACGUUAGUCCGGAUUCGUCAAAAAAAGAGACCUUUUCAUGUUUCCCAUUUUGUUGUCUUGGCAGAUCAACAACUUAUUACUGUUUAUUGUUAUUUGUAGUCUUUGCUCGCCAAUGGAAGCAUACGAAACAACUCCCAACACUGGAUAGCCGACAUGAUAGUGAGUAUGAUUAGUGGUUAAUUCGCCGGUAAAGAAUCCGAUUCGCCUGGGCGAGCGGAGCCCGAAAGCUAAGAAAAUUUAGUUAUCUAUCCAUCCAAGAAAUUUUGGUAGUCACGUGACCGUACAUCUGCCCGACCGCCUGUCCGUCCGCAGCACAGGGAAACCAAUGUGAAAUGUCACUUUCUACCUUGUUGUGGAACCUACAAUCCGCCUGCAACCUGAUAUUGCACAUGCAUGUUGUGGUUAAUUUACAGCUGUCAAACAGGGUAUUCGCUGACCAGUAUUACAUGACCGUAUCGCGGACUCAGGUGUCGACCCAUCAAGGUUAUGCGUUUUUUUUUAAGUUCUGCGCUGACAAGUUCCUAGUUUUCAACUGAUCGCAGGCUAAACUCCAAGUGGAUUUCUUGGCAAUUCAUGGUUAUAAGUUUAUUGUGUGAAGUAAAUUAUAAAUUCAUUAACUGGAGCUUUGCCUUUAGCCUUGGCUAAAUCUAUUUAUUACAUUACAUGGCAUGACAUCGGUGUCGUUUUUGGCAUCACUUUGACCAAGGAGGGAUUCGAAAAUAAGUGAACAUGGUUAAGUUUUUUGUUCCUUUUUGUAGGGUAAAUUUCGUUGGCUUUCUGAAGAGCUGAAGGCUCGCCUCGCGACCGAACGGAGACUCAAAGAACAAGCAGAAUGGAGCCACAAGAGAAUCAGGGUUUGUAGAAGAUCCUUUAAAGUUGGUGCUUUUAACAGUAGACCUCAGGUAGUCGUUCAUCAGGCGAGUGAGCGAUCGCUGAAACUCCUGGAAAGCGUGGAACGUGUGGAAGCGCACAUUUCUUGUGAGAGGAUUUUCGCGCUUCUCGCGGGAUAGCAAGACAUUCUAAAAUUUUUGUUCUUUGUUUGCAUUGUUAGGAUGUCGUACAGAAAGCGGAUGAAGAUAAGGAAUACUUUAUAUCUGAGCUGGAUAAACAGAGCAUGUUACUCGAUGAACUAGCGGCACAAAAGAAAGGUAAUCACGUAAAAGUAUGAAAAUCACAGAUUAUCAUUAGAAUGAGACGGGCCAAUUGCCGACCCAGGGGGAGGGUUCAGGGGUUCUUUACCCCCUUAAUACUCUCACAGGCGAAAUAAACCUACACCCAUAUCAUCAUAAAUCAAUACAUCGAAAAAGAGAGAUGAAGGCUAUCCAGGGGAUUUCUCAUUCAUAUUCCCAUUUAAAUUCAGCUUUUUUUUUCGAAAAUUUUCCUGACACUGGCCAUGUUAUUUUAUUCAGGUUUAGAGUCCAAGAACAAACAGAAUACGGACAACAUCAAGGCUCUUCAGGUAACUUUUUUAUUUCCAACGUUUCCUCUCCAACCCAGGGCGUUUACAGGUUUUAUCUUUUAUUUUUGGUCGUUUUUAUUAAGAAAACAGGGCUCUUUAGAUAGCUUUUAAAGUGGCUGUCUUAAUUCGCGUGAGAAUUUUGACAUGUUUCCUCUGUGCAAUCUGUACGAGUGAAAAGACAAUCAUAAGUAUCACCUUUGCUUAUUAUUGGUAUAUUCACCACCAUCACCACUGUUAUCGCGAAUAUCUUUCUCGUCAACACCAUUACCGUCGCCAAUAUCAUCGCCAAUACCAUUUCCAUUACCGUUAUCAUCACCAUCGAUAGUACCAUCACAAUAACACCACCGUUACCGUCAUUGUGACCAAAGCCACCAACGUCAUCAAUACCAUCAUCAUCGCCGUACGUCACCAUUACCAACACCAUCACCAUUAUCACUGCCAUCACCAACACUAUCAACAUGAUCAUUCCCAUCACCAUGAUCAUUACCAUCACCAAUGCCAAUACCAUCAUCAUCACUAUAUUGCCAUCACCAUUACCAACACCAUCACGAUCACCAUUGCCAUCACCAUGAUUAUUACUUUCACCUUUGCCAAUACCAUCAUCGUCACCAUAUUGCCAUCCUCACCAUUACCAACACCAUCACCAUUAUCAUUUGUCAUCGCCAUGAUCAUUACCAAUGCCAAUACCAUCAUCGUCACCAUAUGCCAUCGCCAUUACCAACACCAUCACUAUCACCAUUACUAUCGCCAAUGCCGAUACCAUCAUCGUCACCAUAUUGCCAUCACCAUAACCAUAACUAACCAUCACCAUGCCAUUGUUGUAUCACCACCCUAACCCAACACCGUUAUCAUUACCAGUACCAUCCACCAUCACCACCAUCCGGCAGGGGUUUCAUUACCAAUCGACCGACGAAACGCGUUACCGCUACCACCAUCAUCCGGACUGUUAAAAUCUGAAUGAAAACAAACCCACCAUUUCAUUACCAUUGUUUGGAGGUUUACCAGAAUUUGUUCUCGUUUAAAUGUACGUUUGUUCAUUAAUUCGCUUACCAAAUCAACCGUUUCCAAUCGCAUUUUAGGGCUUUGAAACCAUUUCUGAGGGACUAUUACCACCACUCGCUUGUUGAUCACCACUCAUCCAAACCUGCUCAUUCAAUUCUAUCCCCAGUCACUGUCAUUAUCCCCUUUAUCAAGAGAUCAUCACCGUCAGCACUGUUUCAUGAAUUUAUCAUGCGUUUAUUUCUUUGUAUAACCAGGAUAGGAUAGCUCAGUUGACCUCGCAUCUCGAAACGGUAAGUGCUUUGCCAAUACAAUCUUUUCUUGUGUACGAUACGAUCAAUUGUCAAUGACGGACUAAAAUCAAAUGCAGUUUAUGGUACAAUUAUGAUUGUUUUUCUGACGCUGUUAAAGUACGACAUUUUAUACGUUAUUUUGCAUUGAGACGUGUUAGAAUCGAAAAAAAUGCCAGUGUGAUCUAUAAAUUAGCUAACGUUUUUCUGGUACAAAGUCAAACCUUUUCGUUCUACUACAGUCGAAACUCAAUAAGCGACCACCGAUCCAAACACCUAGGUUUUCCCAGUCUGUUUUAUGGUUAGUCCCCUAAACGACCAUCUCUCGUUAGCAACCACCAUUACGUUUUGGAUGACGAUUUUACAAUUUUUCACGGUUUUUAACCUCUUGAAAGCGACGAGAUUGACGCAUGAACUGACCUCUAAGUUUACUGUAUGUACUACGCUACUCAGAGUAUACAAAGAACUUUUAGUGACAGCGUGUAACUACACAUGUAACUUAGAUUUUCUACCGAAAUUUACAUUGGUCGAAACUCCGCUCGGAAGACAUCCCCUGUUCUAUUCUCUUAAACGACCACUAAAUCUUUGCUUUUUGGGUGGUCUCUUACGGGAAGAUCGACUGUAUAAGAAAAUAGUACUUGAAUUACGUGAUUAUGCUUGUUUUUGUAGAGUACACGAGCCUUACACGCCACUGCUGAAGCUCUGGACGACCGACAAAAGGUUCUGGAAGAAUUUGAAGGUUUACGGGUAAGAAACUAUUAUAAUAUGGAACUUAAAGAUUAACUCUGUCAUUAGAUUGAUUUAAAAACCUCAGUGAUGUAAGUUGUCAGAGGAGUGGUCCAAUAUUUCUUUUGUUUUUUUUUUUUCCCGGCGCCUUCAUGUUCAAUUUUUAUCUCGUGAUAUGGUCGUGUGGUUGUUGUAGACUGAGGAAUUUAGCUUCUCGUCAUUCGUAGUGUUCUAAUCCUGUACAAGUCAGAGUUUCUUCAGGCUUUCUUUGGCAAAUGCAAAGUGACGUCCAUAACUGCGUUGUUCGUGUUUACUUUUAAUUCUUCUUCCCGCAGUUCAUAUAUCAAUUCUUUCAUUCGCCACUUGCACAUCUCCUAUAAUGCACCUUAUUUGCCCCCCUCCCCCCCCAAGAAAAAAAAAAAUUUGCAGAACCUUUGUUUUUCAUUUUUCCUGGGUAUUACAGCCGUCCCAAGAGAAAUUGAAAACAAUGCUUAUGCAAAAUGUUUGGGGUUAAAUAAGAUGCAUUAUGGGAGAUGUGUAAGUGGCGAAUUGUAUUGCUUCUUUCAUUUCAAAUUGCUUAGCCACUACGGUUUCAGUGCCUGCAAAAGGUACAUACUGAUGUUGUAGGGGUAAACUUGUCGUUUGUGAUAAACUGUACAAAAAACGUUUUUUUUUUUUUUUUGCCUUGUUUCAGGGGCAACAGAGAGAAAGAGACAAACUUCACGACAAGUAUGUCAGGUUAGUAUUUUGCUGCGCUUACAGGGAGUCAAGGUAAACAGAGACAAUAAAAACAGCAAUAGCAAUUACAAUUCGAUGUCAAAUGUCCGUUAAAUGUGAUACCGUCAGAUCCCUCGUAAUAGUUACACGUAGCAUAUAUAGUUUCCACUGCAUUUAAGUCGUUUAGUUAAUAGAAUACAAUGAAAAUUCGGUGCUACGAUUUAAUAUGAAAUUUUUGUUCGAGUAACGUUGAGUUUGUCGAAAUUUAGCGUCCUGCGCCACACACUUGCGCACUUGCUCUGCAAUUUUAUCAACAACCUGCCUAAUCCCCAGGCUCCAAUACAUCGCGGAAAACAGAACGCAAGGCAUUAUGGUAAGAGUGCAGACCAUCCCUCCGAAAAUAAUACGCGUGUUACUUUAAGAGCAACAAGGAACGCCUAGAAACGAAACAGAGUAACGACUGUCUGUGUAAUAUGAUGUGGAAAGGUAAAAUGUAUCUGGCAAAGCUCACGUUUCGUUUUUUUGUUAGAUAUAAAGAAAGAGUUGGCAGUAUUCGCCGAGAAUUACAAGGAGCGAAAUCAAUGGCGGAGGACUACAGGGUGAGAAAAAAAAAUGUCGUCUUACUGCCAUCAUAUUAGCAUAUUGUUGGCAUCGCUUGAUGCUGUUUUACAAGUUUAAAUUACUUGUUAAGACAUUCACUGUUUGAAAUGAUCGACAAAAUGUCAUCUGAUGGAUAUUUUUUUCUUUGUACAGCAAGAAGGUCUGGACGCCAGCAAUUUGUCCACAAGACUAUUGGAGGUAACGAAAAACACCACGAGUAGCCCCUCUAAUUUCUUAGUCCGCGUGCGAGAAAAAGUAUCCACGCCACGCGUGUGUUACGCGUGCCACUCUACUCAGGCCCCGUCCACACGAAUCCGGAUAUUUUUCAAAAGCAUAUAGCUCACUUCGGUAAAGAGUGAUGGCCUGGGACCCAAACUUGGCGCGCGCGCAUUUAUGGGAUUAAUUCGGGGGACGCGAAUGUAAACAAACAUGGCGGAAAGCGAAGUGGAAUGUUUCAGGGGAGUUUCUGAAGUUAUUUGUACACAAAGGCACACAACAACUGGCACGUCUCGUCAUAAUACAAGGUGGCUGCUCGACGUGUUCCCCCAAACAAUCCCAUAACUGCAGCGCGCUUAGUUUGGGUCCCAGGCUAUCACUCUUUUCCGAAGUGAGAUAUUGUUUUACAAGGUUCAGCCUUUCGUCCACACAAAACCAGUGAAUCCGCUGAGCGAACCCGCCUGUUUUUGAAGCCCCUCUACAGAGUCCACACGAAUCCGGGUAAAACAAUAUGCAGUUUCAAACAUUUCCGAAUUUGUGGGGACGGGGUUCCAGAUUUGAGGAAAAGAUAAGGGACUGCACGCAGUCUCGGGGAAAAAAAACUCUGUUUUAACCGAAGUAUGUCGAUUUGGUGGUUUUUUUUUUUUGGUGUUUAUGUUUUUGUUUUGUUUUUGUUUUUGUUUUUUGCGAUUUUUUCCAUUGGUGCUCGAGAUUCAGUUUGAUUUGUAUGUUGUCUUUUUAGAGUCUAGACCGCAUCUCCAGUCCAAAAGCCAAACAACGAAGACUUCAUCAGUUUCCAGACACGCCACCAACUAAUUUAAGGCAAGUGCUUAGACUAAAUCGCAUAAUUAUCCCGUUAUAUGUUACAAAUAGCCUACAUUCGAUAUAUUAAAAUUCUAACAUAGCUCCGAGGCGUUAGGGUCUAAAUUGCAAAUUUUCACGACUCCAUUGUCUCACCAUUCCCAGAAGAGACUUGAGCACAAAGAAAACCAAACCAAAUAUAGAAAAAUGACCAGAAAGCUUCUUCCGUGAGUGCAUCAUUUUACCCUAUUCCUUGCAAGGGGCGAUAAAACUCAUUGCCCAAUUUCCCUAAGACGAUGGAUGAAUGCCACUUAGGAUCAUUUUGGUGGUAGUUGUUUAUCAUCUCAUUCAACAAAUAACAACUUUUUUACUUUUAAUAUAUUUGUAGGCAAAAUGAUUUUAGUUUUCAUACUUCAUGGUCAAUAAAUACCACAAUGGGUUUUUCAAUGGAAUAUGGUGUUCAUAUUUCAAAACAAAGUGCAAAUAAGAUUUAUAAAGUUCUUUUGACACAUUCUUUUGAAAUGGUGCUUUUUCUUCCCUUUUUUCUCUCUCCCCACACAGUGACUGUAUCAUAUCUUUCUCUCAUUUGCAGACCACCGACAAGUAAGACUAUGCCUGUUACAGAAUGGUCUCCGUCAUCGGAUAACACUUUAUCAACCGUCUCGGAAAGUUAGUUUUUGUGUUGUUUCGCUUUUUGUGUUUACGUGCGUGUGUUUACUAGACCUUAUACAUGGUCACAGUAUCCUUGAACCUUGGGCUCUCAACUGGCCGGCUGGAGAGGACGGGAUACAAAGCGAAGGCUCCUCUCCGUUAACUUGCCGAAGUGUUUUGUGGUCGAAAAUGUGAUCGUUCGUGUAGUUGCGCGAGGAUGCGCAGCUCACAUACCAAGUUACGAGCUUGGGUGUGUUGUGGGCUUAUCCUAUCAUAGAACACAAUCCGCGAUAAAACUGAAAAGCGUUAUACUAAGUCAGUGUUUUUCUUUAACGGAAAAUUACUUAUUUGUGGCUAAAUCUGCAGGCUCUUAUUACUCGUGGUUCUUUCGAUCCGUAGUUUCGACUGGGCAACUUUUUCUUUUUCGAUGUCUCAACACUCGUAACAUUUAAGCUUUCUUUGGUAACUUUCGCUCAACUGUUUGUCAGCUCUCUGGGAAGGGAUUACCUUACAAAUCGUGGUCACACCCAUACAUGAAUGCCCCAUGAACAGACGCAUUUUUUCUUCUAAAGCAUGAGGACAUUUGCGGAUGACCAGUAAAAACUUAUUUUUGGUGUAUUCAACUGAAUUGAAGAGGGGGUGUCACCGUGUUCGGCUACUUUGGUCGAUAAAAUUUUGUCUUGUGUCUCACUCACAUCUGGCAAUCUGAUGAGGGUCUACUUUGCUUAAUCCAUAAUUCAAAACAGGUGACUACCAAUCGUACUGAACUGAAUUUUUACGAUAUUUUUCGUCUUAUCUUUAGAUCCUUCGCCCUUAAUUUCACCGUUUAAAACAGAUAGAAAACGAAGCUACAAGCUUAAGGAUUACCAUGGCAAAGAUCCCAUUGCUAGUACUGACUUGGACUAUAAAGAAAGGUAACGACAAAUGGUAUGUAUCCUUGACAGUUGAUGACUCAUGAGAGCGGUAGGAAUCCAGUGCUAGGACGAUCAAUUAAUUACGUGUUAUAGAACACUAAGCAGAAAUAUGGGGAUAACAAUCUAUGAAAAGACAACCACCUGUUCGCUGUUUGAUGCUUCUCUUUGCCUGCCCCUGACCUCUUUCGCGCUCUCUCGCCAUCUCUUCGCUCUGUCCCUUCAGGCCUCUUUCGCCCAUUCUGGCCUUGUCUUCUUCCUUGCCCAUAGUGCAGGCGUAUUUUUCCUCCGACCGGAGAUCUUUCGGUAACUCCCUCGCUCUACUGGCGCUGAAGAAAAUCAGAGACUGUGGUACGGGAUUUCUCGCUGCUUAAGAUAUCCUCAGUUUCCCGAAAACUUCUCAAGUUAUAGUCAACUUUAAGCCGUAACAGUACAAAGUAAUACCCAUAGGCUUAGCCUGCCUGUGAAUAGGCUUCCAGAGGAACGUCGUGAGGGAACCGGGAGCCUCUUCUCCUCCCCUGUCCUCUGCCCCUGCUUGCACUCUUCAGCGUUCUCUUCAUCUCUUCCCCACAAGAGAGCCUGCAUGUUCAGAGGCUACCCAUACCGUGGGCAUCAUAUCUAAAUUGGAUGAGGACUCUAUUCUGACCCUGACGUUGACCAGACUUUGCACAGAGUACGGUUGAAAUUUUUGUCAGCGAAGAGACAAAAUGGGAGAGAACUACUUUUAAACUCUCCAAAGUGUGGGUUUCAUCCCGUUACUUCGAGAACGGAAGGGAUUUAUCGGGUGAGUCCUUAGUUCUUUUGUAUUUUCUGUUUGUCAGUAUAUAUAUUUAUAUGUUAUAUUUUCAAUUUUCCCUAGGUGAAAAAAAAAGCCGCGAUGGGCGUAAUGCAGGCUCCAAGCGUGAUGAUAUCACCUACACAUCCCGACACACUCGUCAAAUCCCGUUCCUAGGUCCCUCCCCUACUCAACCUUUCGAGGGACGAGUCGGACAGGACCCUGGGAACUAGAUUGCACACUCGCCUUGUAUUUAAGGAAACGAAGUUAUAAAUAGUCGAUUGUAUGAUACAAACAAGAUGUACGUGCUUUUAUUUAACUCUCUUUUAAUCGUUGACUCUGUAAACCUGGAGAAAACAUAGAUCUCCUCGGAAGAAAUAUGGGAUUAAUAUAUAAUGAGUUACACAGUACUGAAUUGUGGUGAUUGUUUUUAUUGCAACUGUUGAUUGAUG